AAGUAACGUUGAUGCUAUCAUGAUGGCGCUUCGAUACAACGUCAUAAGUCGGAAAUGACGUAUCUACGACGUUCAUCCACGUAGCUCAUGAUUAUCUUGUGAUCGUGUUGAUUGACGUCAAAUACGGCACUUUGUAUAACGUUCUCUGUUCGUGCACAACAAAUUUUACUAUCAUGGAUCAGGUUAAAAAACUAACAGAACCAGGACGCCAGUUCGCCAAAGACAGUAUACGUCUUGUAAAAAGAUGUACAAAGCCAGAUCGAAAAGAGUUUCAAAAAAUUGCAAUCGCAACUGCCAUCGGUUUUUGUAUAAUGGGUUUCAUAGGAUUUUUCGUGAAAUUAAUUCAUAUCCCUAUCAAUAAUAUCAUUGUGGGUUCGUAAAUUCGUACUAUAUAAAAAAUAUUGUUAAGCUAUAAUAAGUUCACCUGGUCUGUCCUCCGCUCCUAUUUUAACUUAAUUUAUAUAAUAUAAUAUUUGUUUAUUAAAUUUAUCAUGAUUAUAGAAAUAAAUACAUAAGAUGUGUAUAA